AUGUCCGACUUCUCUGGUCUUUCCCUCAAGGGCAAAACCGCCAUCGUGACCGGCGCCUCGAGGGGCAUCGGCGCCGGCAUCGCCAUCCUCUUCGCCAAGCGCGGCGCCAACGUCGUUGUCAACUACGUGUCCGAGGGCAGCAAGGAACGCGCCCAGAAGGCAAGUGUCAGCAACCUCGACGAGAUCCCGCGCCUGGUCGACGCCGCUCGUCAAGCAUCAACCAUACCUAACCUUGGUUUCCACAGCGCCGCCCAAGGCCUCGAAGCAAACCUCGUCGACACCACGCCCGAGUUCUACACCACCCACUUCGACUGCAACGUGCGCGGGCCCAUCUUCCUCACCAAGGCCGUGGAGCCACAUCUCCCCAAGGGCGGCCGCAUCGUCUUCAUCUCCUCCGCCGGGGCACGCCUCGGCGUCGCAGGGCAAACCGUCUACGCCGCCACCAAGGCCGCCGACGAGGCCCUGGUCCGCGUCUGGGCCAAGGAGCUCGGCCAGUCCCACGGCAUCACCGUCAACUGCGUGAACCCCGGGCCGGUGGCAACGGACCAGUGGUUCCAGAGCGAUGAGCAGUUCUUGAAAGACAUGCAGCCGCUCAUUGAGUCGACGCCUGCGGCGCCGAGGGUCGGCGAGGUGGAUGACAUUGCGCCGCUCGUGGCGUUCCUGUGUAGUGAGGAUGCGAGGUGGACGACGGGGGCUUGCUUGUCUGCGAAUGGGGGGCUCUAUAACUAG